AUGUCAAUCCCCGUACUUGCCAAUGGCUAUUCCUCCAUCGAAGCCCCGUUCAACCUCAUCAUCCAUCGCCCACGCAUCGCGGGCGGUAGACUGUCGAUCCCAAUCGACUCCAGAGUGCGACUUGUAAAGUGCCGCCGCAGAGAAGCUGCCCACAACACGAUCCGGCUCCGAUACGGCAAAACGCGCGAGUGCCUCGUCGUGCGCGCGUCCAACUCGCUCGAGCGCUCGAAAUGGCAGAUUGCGCUCAUCCAAGCAAUGGCAGCAGCUCAAGACCUGGAGAAAUACACUGCGGCCUCAACUGCACCCGUGACAACAUCUUCCAAGUCUGCUCCAACAAGUCGAUCGGCCACGAUGACCCGCGAGCAAGUGUCGAGGAUGUACGUUGAAAACGCUCGAGCUUGGAGCAAACCCACCACCGCGUUGAGAAUUUACGGGGAUGUUGAGCUCCUUGCAGCCUUUCAACUUCCAUUCGCGUACACUGUUGGCACGGCGUCAUCCACGACGACGUGUAAGCGCAAAUUGAACGUCGUUCCAGGUCCUGGAAUCUGCGGCUCUGUGUCGAGCGAUGUGGGGAGCCAACAGCCUGGACGCUAUCGACAGGAAAAGCUGUGCAUCGCCACCCAGUUUCUUGUUGCAAUCGGUCAGACGAUAGUCUAG